AUGGCUUACAAGGCAGCCAUGCAAGAAGCGAAACAGCGUAAAGGGCUAUGGCUCGAAGAGGAAGACAACCGACUCACUGCCUACGUAACCCUCUUGGGGGAACGGCGGUGGGAUUGGAUCGCAAAAGCAUCGGGUUUAAAGAGGAGUGGCAAAAGUUGCAGGCUGCGGUGGUUGAACUAUCUGCGUCCUGACCUUAAGCAUGGCCAGAUGAGCAGAGAAGAAGAGAAGAUCAUUCUUCAACUUCAUGAACGAUGGGGCAACAAGUGGUCGAAGAUUGCUCGAAAACUGCCCGGAAGAACAGACAAUGAGGUAAAGAACUACUGGAGAAGUCACUUGCGAAAGAAAGCACAAGAAGAAAACAUGCAGGAUGAUAUGAGCAAUGCAAAGCCAGAAAUCUUCAUUCCGAAAGGAAAUACGAACUCCCGAAAAAUUUGGCAUGAUCAAGACUGCUGGUCUGAGAAUAUUUUGGUUGUCACGGACAAUGCCUUCGAUAUGGCUGGAUCAUCAAACUCUGGGUUCCCAAGCUCAUCGUAUGAAGCUCGGUUGUUAGACUGGAUACUGUGGUUGUCUGAUGAUCAAAGUGAAGAGUGGGGUAACAGUUUGGGCAUCUGUAUUUGUUACCCUCCACAAAUUUCUCAAGAUGGAGACACAAUUCUAUGGGAGUGUUCAGGCUCCAUCUGGGGCACUGAUUAA